AUAAUACAUUUCCUCUACUCAUAUGUGCUCCAGUUGUCGGGAUGAACUCGAAUCAAUCCCCAUGCUAUUUUCUCCUGGCCGGCGUCUAUGAAAAUGUGGGAUCACUACCCACUAUUGUCUCACGUUGCUGAUGCUCUAAAAGAUUCCUUCGAUAUCCUUUUUAACUGAGUAUUAUGAUCACUUAUCGAAACUUAAUUUUUUGUAUGGGUGAAUCUUAAGAAGUGUGAUAAUUUGUAUGGCUCAUUUCAUUUAAGAUAUUUUAAUUUGGGUGAAUUUUGAUUAACUAAAGCUCAAGUUUCAAAAAAAAAAACCCAAAUUAUACGACUAACUAAAAAUGGUAAAUUAAAGUAUUUAAUCCACAAUUGGCUAGAUUUACAGUUUAGACCAAAAUGCAAAAUACCCCCCUUUUUAGGGCAACAAUCCAUACUCUAAGAUAGAGCAAAAGCUUCAAGCCUUUUGAAGGUCUUAUGAUAAAACUGUUGCGCCAAACUGCUUUGCGCUCGCCAUGGAUGAUCAUCAACGCAGCUUUAAACUCGCAGAACUUCAACUGGGUCUUUCAAAAAAGACAUACCAUUUCAUCUCAAGCUGUUCAAUUAAAAAGAAAAUACAACUUCAUAGAUUAUGCAAUGCCAACACCUGUUGCUCCUAUUGGAGAUUUCAAUUCUUACGCUUAUGGAAGUGCAAUUCAAGACUGCACAUUCAAACGUGAUGUCAACAAAGGUCUUGCCUUUCACUGUCAAAUUUUCAAAAAAGGUAAUUGUCUAGAUCUUUUUGCCCGCAAUAUUUUGCUAAAUUUUUAUUUGAAAUCUGACUUAGUUUCUGAUGCAUGUGAACUAUUUGAUGAAAUGCCUGAAAGAAACAUCAUUUCAUUAGUAACAUUGAUUCAGGGACUUGGUAAAGCUGGUUGCUUUACUGAAGCUUUAAGGUUUUUUUCUAUGCUUCAUAAGGAGGGCUAUGAGUUAAGCCCCUUUGUUUUUACUACAGUUUUGAAAUUGUUCGUUAGCAUGGAUAGGCCUGAACUGGGUUGGAACAUUCAUUCUUGCAUUUAUAAGCAUGGACAGGAUAGUAACGCAUUUGUCGGCACUGCUCUAAUUGAUUCUUAUUCCAUGUGUGGUAAUGUGAAUUUUGCAAGGCAUGUUUUUGAUGGUAUUUUAUAUAAAGACAUGGUUUCUUGGAGUGGAAUGGUUGCUGGGUAUGUUGAGAAUGGUUAUUUUGAGGAGGGUUUGGAACUUUAUUCUGAGAUGCGGGUGUUUGGUUUUAUGUCUAACACUUUUACUUUGGCUAGUGGUCUGAAAGCUAGUGUUGGUUUAGGGGAAGUGGAUACUGGGAAGAGUAUUCAUGGGUGUGCUUUAAAGAUUGGUUAUGAGAAGGAUCAAUAUGUGGGUGUUGCUCUUCUGGACUUGUACACUAAAUUUGGAGAGCUUAAUGAAGCUGAGAUUGUAUUUAGAGAUAUGUCGAAGAAGGAUGUGAUCUCGUGGAGUUUCUUGAUUUCACGGUGUGCGCAGGGUGACCAGAGUAGUUUGGCUUUAGAUCUAUUUUGUCAGAUGAGGCAAGCUUGUGUCAUGCCUAAUCAGUUUACGUUAGCUAGUGUGUUCCAGGCUUGUGGAAGUAUGGUUAGCUUGAGUUUGGGUAAGCAAAUUCACUGCAUUGUCACUAAGCUUGGUCUUGAUUCAAAUAUAUUUGUCUCUAAUGCCCUUAUGGAUGCUUAUGCUAAGUGUGGAAAUUUGGAGGAUUCAGAAGUCUUGUUUGAGGCUUCUGCUAACAGAAAUGAUGUUACCUGGAAUACUAUGAUUGUUGGCUAUGGCCAAUUUGGGGAUUCUGAAAAAGCAUUAAUGAUGUUUAGGUGUAUGCUUGAGCAGAACUUGCUGCCAACUGAGGUAACCUAUUCUAGUACGCUUCGUGCUUGUGCUAGUUUAGCAGCCGCUGAUUCUGGAAUGCAGAUCCAUGCUUUCACUGUUAAAACAAAAUCUGACCGAGAAAGUGUGGUAGGUAACUCUUUAAUAGAUAUGUAUGCUAAGUGUGGAAGCAUUAAACCAGCUCGUUUAAUAUUUGACACGAUGGAAAAAAGGGAUGAAGUUUCUUGGAAUACCAUUAUUUCUGCAUAUGCCAUGCAUGGCCUUGGAAAAGAGGCACUAAGAAUGUUUGAAAAGAUGCUAGAGACAGACUGUAGGCCGAACAAGUUAACUUUUGUUGGUGUUCUAUCAGCUUGUUGCAACAUGGGACUGUUAGAUGAAGGAGAAGCUUAUUUCAGAUCAAUGAUCUGGGACUAUGGCAUAGAACCAUGCAUAGAGCAUUACACAUGUAUGGUUGGGCUUUUGGGUAGAUCUGGAAAUCUUGAUAAGGCUAUGAAAAUGGUUAUAGAAAUGCCAUUUGACCCUAGUAUUAUGGUGUGGCGUGCUGUUCUUGGUGCUUGUGUCAUACACAAGAAUGUUGAACUAGGUAGAGUUGCCGCUGAACAAGUACUUAAAAUGGAGCCACAUGAUGAGACAGCUUAUGUUUUACUAUCUAACAUUUAUGCCUCUUUGAAGAGAUGGGGGAAUGUAGCUUAUGUCAGGAAAAACAUGAAAAAGAAAGGAGUGAAGAAAGAACCAGGAUUAAGUUGGGUUGAGAUACAGGGAAAUAUACAUUACUUCACUGUUGGAGAUACAUCACAUCCUGAUGUUAGGCUAAUAAGGGGGAUGCUUGAAUGGUUGAGGGGGAGAAUUAACAGAGAAGGAUACAUUGCUAAUUGUAAUGUGGUUUUGCUUGAUGUUGAAGAUGAGGAAAAAGAGCGCCUUGUGUGGUCACAUAGCGAAAGGCUAGCUUUGGCCUUUGCGUUAGUUAGGACACCAUUGGGCAGUACUGUGCGUAUCCUUAAAAAUCUUCGAAUAUGUGCAGAUUGCCAUGCGGCAGUUAAGCUUGUUUCAAAAGUUGUCCAGCGGGAAAUUGUUGUCCGGGAUAUAAAUCGGUUUCACCAUUUUGAAAACGGUGUCUGUUCCUGUGGUGAUUAUUGGUGAAUUCUUGUAAAGCGAUAUCAUAUUUUGACUUUUGGAUGUUACUUGUUUCGUCUUUUGACUAGUGGCUCAGUCAAAAAGGUUAUGUUGCCUGAGAUUCUCUUUCACUGAAAGAAUACUAUCUGGUCAGUUACUAAGUCAGACAUGGGAUUGUAGAUUUUGUGUGCUGAAUUUGGAUACGACCUGUUAAAACUGCCAAUACAAUAAUGAGAUGAUUGCAUAUGGACUUUUAAGAUUGAAAUUGAUCAGUACCAGGGACUAGUAUGCACCUUGUGGAUAGACUGGUAGCUGAAACACUUGUAUCAGUAACAGCACCCACACAAAACACCGCUUAGCUCGAUCAACACGUAAGUUACUGAUCAGGGCAUGCUGGCUUGAGCAUGCAAUUAGUACUCUUUGAUACUUGGAUCUUUUCAGAAAUAUAACUUCAAUAGUAUAUGUAGUAGGUGUGAAAAGUGAGACAUGAACCUGCCAUAUCUUCCUACUAAAGGAACAAGGUGGUGGUGGUAGGGAGAUAGUUGUUGAAGUUGUACAUUUUUGGGGUCAAUUUUCAGCUCUUAGUUGCAUGUAAAUAAAGGGUCACCAAUUUAGGUUUUACUAUAUGAUUGAAAGGUCAUGGAUUUGAAUCCUUGAAGCAACCUCUUGCAGAAUGUAGGCUAAGGUUUGCCACUUUACCCGCAUUACACCCUUGUUGACUGCGGUGUGACUCUUCUGCAGAUCCUCGUUCUGGAGUGACUGCAUUGAACCGUCUUUUUAUUUGCUUAUAAUUAGAUUAUAUCAUAGGAGUAGUGCUUAAUUUUAUUUUUUACACUGAAAGCAGUUUGAUUUGGCUACACCAUAUGGUUUUGGAGGCAUGGCUAUGUCCGUUUACUGAUAAAAUGAUAAUUUAUUGGCAAUGGAGUUCUUAACCAAUGAGAUCAACGUUUCUUUUGGAUUGUUAAAUUUAAUUAGUGGGACUGAUAAUGAAAAUUUAAUGCAAUGGAACGUGAUGAAAAACCACUUGAAAUUGGUAAUAAAAUUUAUUUUUAUUACCAUCAUUAAUACUGAUAACUAAACAUCCUGUUAAGUGAUUUAUUUGGCGGUUGAAUGUAA